AUGAUAAAAGAAAUAUUUUCAAGAACUGAAAUACCAAUAAGUAUAACAGCUGAUAAUGGAAGACAAUUUACCAGCGAUGAGUUUAAGAAAUUCUGUUCCGAUUAUGGCAUAAACUUACAUCACACAAUUCCAUAUUGGCCACAACAAAACGGUGAAGUGGAAAGACAAAACCGUGAUAUAUUCAAAAGACUUAAAAUCAGCCAAAGCGAAAGAUCAAACUGGAAAGAUGACUUGCUAAAAUACUUAAUGAUGUACACUAGCACACCUCAUUCAGUUACAGGCAAAACUCCAUCAGAAUUAUUCUACAAAAGACAAUUUAGAGACAAAUUGCCUUCAGUGUUGGACGUGGAAAAUGCUGAAACGAAUUCAGAAGUAAGGGAUAAAGAUUUCGAAAUGAAAAUGAAAGGAAAGGAAUCUAAGGAUAAAAAGAGAAAAGCAAAAGAGAGUGACAUAAAUAUCGGAGAAAAAGUUUAUGUGAAAAACAUAAUUAAACAAAACAAAUUGACAACUGAUUUCAACCCAGCCAUACACACAGUAACUAGAAAAGAGAAAAGUAAUGUUGAGGGAAUGAACGACGAAACAGGGCAGUCAUAUCGAAGGAACAUUGUGCAUUUGAAGAAAGUUGAAGGACAGUGA